UCGCUCGAAUUCAGUGCCUUAAUUUUGAAAGCAAAGGUCGCCAGUUUCCGCUAUCACCCAUGGUAACGUUCGUUCUGAUUCGACUCGCACAGCCCUACGGCAAGCUAACAACAAGCCUUUUCUAAUAUCAUCCCAGUCAGGCUGUGGGAGAGAGAGAGAGAGAGAGUGAAGGCGGUCUCCUAGUCCAAGGCUUUCGGCAGAAAUGAAGAGCCAACAGAAAAGCCCUGAUCCAGAAGGGAGUGUUGCCGUCAACGAGGAAGGGUCCGUAGCCACGGCAGAGGACCCAGCAGCUAUUGCCACCAUUCAGUCUGCUGCCACCUUCACUGACCAACCCAUCAAAUAUCUCUUCAAGACUGAAGGAGCAGGUGGACAGGUGACCUACAGAGUGAUCCAGGUGUCAGAUGGCCAGUUGGAGGGUCAGACAGAUGGAGCUGCAGCAGUCAGCCUGGUCGCUGGUUUCCCUGCAACCACUCAGACUGUCACACAGGCUGUGUUCUCCCAGUCUGAGGGGAUGGAGGGAGACGGCAGCACCGAGACGCAGUACACCUACUAUCCCGCCACCAUUGCAGAUGCCACCACCGGCACGAUGGUGACCACAGUGCAGGCCUCUGACACACUGCUGGGCCAGACCACACCCACAGGGCAGCUUUAUGUCAUGAUGUCACCCCAGGAAGUUUUGACAGGUUCCAAUCAAAGGACAAUCGCUCCUCGCACUCAGCCAUACAUAGCAAAGCAAGAGGCCCCUCGGGGUUCCAGAGAUGAGAAACGGCGAGCUCAGCACAAUGAAGUUGAGCGCCGGCGCAGGGACAAGAUCAACAACUGGAUUGUGCAGCUGUCAAAGGCCAUCCCAGAUUGCAACAUUGAUUAUACCAAGACAGGACAGAGUAAAGGAGGAAUCCUGUCCAAAGCCUGCGAGUACAUCAAGGAACUUCGACAGAGCAACCUGAAGCUGGGGGACGAUAUCAACGCUCUUGAUCGUCUUAGGAUUGACAACCAGCUACUUAGACAGGAGGUGGAAGACUGGAAGUCCAAGAAUCAGAUCCUGAGGAACCUACUGCGACAGCAUGGCAUUGUGGGAUCAUCCAGCACGGAUCCCCAGUGAGAAUCCCGUUGUCAGCGUUCAAUGGGUAAAUGAAGACAACCACGUACGGGCCAAAAGAGUACUUGAAAUGCUUUGAGAUACUUUAUUUGUAGUCGAGUGUGCAUGAGAUGGGGGGAAAUAAUGGAAUAUUUUCAUGAAUACCCAAAUCCAGUUUCUUUGCUAAAUGCCACCCUUCAGCAGUAUCUUUGAAGCGUGUUACAAAGUUGAAAUCUGUUGCCUGGUGAAUACAACCUAUUAAUAAUAUCAUGAUGCAUCUGAAAAGAGAGGAAAAUUUCAACGUCAGCUCAAGUUUUAGUGCUCAAAUCACUUCUCAUUGAAUGCCUUCCUCCACAAACAUGAUUGUUCAUUAACCUGCUGUACAGUAAGCUCUCAAAUAUGACCAGUUGCUCUUAUCAGAUUUGUUUACUUAAUCUCUGCUUCUCUGUAUCAAAUGCACUCAUGUUAAUGUCUCAGAAAAAACAUUGUAUUCAUGCUUUGACUUGUUUUCAUCUUUGAUCAAUAUUACCAGUUGAUAUCAAAUUUGUCAUCCAGUUCAUAGUUGAGCCCUUUUGCUUUGUAUUUUUGUAUGUUUCAUGAAACCUCACUGGGGACAAUAAUUGCAUUGCAACAAUGUAACUAACUAAAACAGGGGUUGGUCAGCAUUGCGUUGUAGGUAGACUAUGUAUGUCUUUAUAAUAAAAAACGUCAAAUAAUAUACUGUAUGUCAUAAACAACUUUCAGUUGUGUUUAUUAAAUUUGGUAAAUUGGUAA